AUGGCCUCCAAUUUUAUCGGCUACACAGUCCUGGUGACUCUCAAUGCACCUCCAAAUGCGCAGAUACGUGGAACAGUGGCCAAUAUCCUUGGCCAGCGCCUAACAUUGCAAGACGUGACGCUCUUAUGGAACGGUCAACAAUUUCCGUCGUACACCAUUGAUGCUUCUGGAAUAGCAGAUCUAGAGGUAUCCAGCUCGCAAACUCAAACUUCAUCUCACCAUCAAAAACCAACAUAUGUUGAUACGGCAUCUGUACCAGCCGUUGCGAAAGUAGCAGAUGCUCAAUUGAGUCAUUCUCAACCAGCGCCACAACCUUUCUUUGACCCGGCGAUAGUGAGCUUCUCGGCAACACAAACCAAACCAGUCACGUCACAGACCCCUACGACGACUUUCCCUACACCGUCCGACUCAUUGCUACGCUCUAACUCAAGUGUAAUGUCAAUAGAGACCGUGCACCCUCCACAAAUAAGUGAACGACACGACUCCGCCGUAACUGCGAUCUUAACCGAGCCGUUUAGCAACAUUACGCUCGAUAAGUCAGUUGAGACGGCGCGACAGGUUACAGACGAAGCAGUAAAAGCCGUGCCGCUUGAUUUGAAUUCAAAAAAUUCUGUGAAGCGGAGCAGGCGAGGGGGCCGAAACAAAGGACGGGAAGAGCAUACUGGCCAUGGAUGGCGGCAGACAGCAUUCGUUGAACCAGUCCGACCGAGGCUACACACAGGUUAUCCCGAGGAUGACAAUGCUGGUCAAACUCAACGAAAGAAUCGGAGGAGCAAGAACAACAGAUCUUAUGUCGAAAAUGCCAAUGGGUGGGCAACCGAAGACGCAACAGACAUACAGGAGCUUGGCGAUUUUGAUUUUCAGGGCAAUCUAUCUAAAUUCGAUAAGAGGCGCGUUUUUGACGAAAUUCGCAAUGAUGACACGACGGCGGAUGAGGAUCGCUUGGUAAGCUUCAACAAGAAGCCACGACCAGGUACAAAUGGCGGAAAGAAUCUUCACUGGUCAGAGAAUGUUCUCGACAACACGCCGACCCAAUGGAAUAGCGAAGCAGGCGAAACAGAAACAGAAACUAGUGAUGAUAAGUUCAGCAGUGGGAAUUACUCUGGACGUGAUCGAUCUAAAUCAUCCGGCAGAGCUCAGGCUACCAAGAAGAGCAACAUCGUUCUAGCGCAGUCUACGAUGUCGGCUUCUCUGGGAUCUGUUGGCCGCACUUCAGUUUCAUCUCCACGAAACAUCAGUCCGCUUCCUAACCGGCAAUCUGGAAGGGCAUCGCCACUCAAUGGAGCCAAUGCUGCCUCCACGGGAAGUUUACGCUUAACAACCACUAACAGGUUAUGCCCGACUGUCAGUCCACUUCAAAUGCUUGAAGUAGAGCAACUAGCCGUGACUGAACUUGGUUUGACCGAGGAUAUGAUCACUGAGAACAGUGGGCGUGGUAUCGCAGAAGCUGCAGUGGGCCGACUUGGUAGUGAUGCUGCCGCCCCUGCUGUUCUGAUUCUCACUGGUAAUCAUCGAACUGGUGGAAGAGCAAUAGCUGCUGCACGGCAUUUGAAAAACCGAGGGCAUAGAGUUACUAUUUGCCUCUUGGGACUGGAGCAUGAAAGUGAGCUAUUAGAAAAUUGCCGCAAGCAAAUGGAGAUAUUUAAAAAGAUUGGUGGCAAAGUAUUACGAUGGGAGGAGCUUUCAGCACGCCUUUUGACCGGUGAUUUUAGCAUUGAUCUAGUCGUCGACGCUUUAUUCGGAAUGCACAUUGCUUUUGAGGAUUUGAGGAGUGACGACCAAGCCACAGCCUGUGAAAUGAUUGCUUGGGUAAAUCGAAGCAACUUGGUAGUUAUAUCGGUUGAUAUACCCUCCGGUAUAUCUGCUGCCACUGGUGAUGUGGGCAUUGUGCAAGGGUCGCGACUCUGUGUCAGUUCCGACUUUAUUGUCUGCUUGGCAGUGCCAAAAACAGGAGUCAUGCAGGCGCUGCAGUCCGGAGAGGGUAGUACAUGGCAGAUUUCAGUGGCAGAUAUCGGUAUUAGCCAAGUUGUCUGGAGAAAAUACGGUACACGCCGUCGACAUGGUGUGGACUUUGGCAAUCGCUGGGUCAUGGCUGUUCUACUUAUGACCUAUCUUAUAGCAAGAUACGGAUAUAACUAUGCGAAUCAUAUCAGCGCUCUUCUUCCUCAGCUGGGGAAGAAAAUGAUGCCGAUAUCAAAAUUUCCAAUCAUGGGUAAAGGAACGGACAAGCUCUAUAUCACCCACUCAGAAUGGGCAUCGGAAGAUGCAUAUUCCGCCAGCGCUGGCGCUGGGGUAGCCGGUGCGCGAAAUAGUGGUGUUCACGCCUCUUUCAAACGUCUUCCAUUCCACUUUUGCUCGCUUUCGCUUCAACCAUUCAAACAUCCGGUCUGUACGGCGAACGGGACCAUCUUCGACUUGACGAAUAUCUUGCCAUGGCUAAGAAAACACGGUACCAACCCCGUUGACGGAAGUCCUCUGAAGAGUUCCGAUCUGAUAAAGUUGAAUUUUGCAAAGAAUGAGGCGGACGAAUAUGUCGACCCCGUUACAUUUAAAGUCUUCACUGAUAAUACUCAUAUCGUCGCCUUACGCCCCUCGGGAAAUGUUUUCGCAUGGGAUACUUUAGAACGGUUAAACGUCAAAGCGAAGAUGUGGCGUGACUUGGUCACAGACGAGGAAUUCGGGCGCAAGGAUAUUAUCACAUUGCAAGAUCCACAGAAUGUCGAAGCUAGGAAUCUCAGUUCCUUCAAGUAUUUGAAGGAUGGUGAAAGCGCCCUGACCGAUGAACAACUCCGUGAGCGCAAUGAUCCUAUCAGUAAUGUCAAUCUGAAUGCAAUGGGUAGCUCUGCCAAAAUCCUCAAAGCCAAAGAGGCAGUUGCGCGGGCUCGGGCCGAACGCAGUGGGCAACAGAGCGGAGCCAAAGGUUUGGUUGCUAAGAACACUGGAGCAUUGUCAGAGAAGUCAAAAUCCACGACUGUGUCUCAUCAACCAGCAAAGCAUGUCCCAUUCAAUGCGGCUCGACACACAACGGGCCUUGCCGCGGCUUCAUUCACCAGUACAGGGAUGACACCUCACACCGAGGCCGAAUUAGCCACUCUUUCGGACGAACAAUAUAUGUUGAAGCGAGGAAGAGUGAAGGAUAAGGGCUACGCUCGAAUUUCAACGACCAUGGGCAACCUAAACUUGGAAUUGUAUACUGAAUAUGCACCCAAGGCUGUCUGGAACUUCAUUCACCUAGCCAAGAAAGGAUACUACAGAGACGUUAUAUUCCAUCGCAAUAUCAAAGGCUUCAUGAUACAAGGAGGCGAUCCUACUGGAACUGGGCGUGGCGGUGAAAGCAUUUGGGGGAAAAACUUUGAUGACGAGUUCGAGGGGCCUCUUAAACAUGAUGCACGGGGUACUCUGAGUAUGGCAAAUAAAGGUAAAAAUACCAAUAGUAGUCAAUUUUUCAUCGCAUAUCGUGCGUUACCUCACCUAAACAACAAGCAUACUGUCUUCGGUCGUAUUAUAGACGACCCCUCACCGUCAUCACCGUCUCUAAAUUCAAUGGAAUUGGCUCCAGUCGAUCCCAGCACCAACCGGCCGGUGACUGAUAUUCGCAUCACAGAUGUGACUAUUUUUGUCGAUCCAUUCGAGGAGUUUAUGAGCAAACAAGAGACCAAAACAGGGAACAGUGCCCAGCUCCAGAAGAAGAAGGACGAGAACUCAGACAACGUCGAUGAUGAUCUCGUGACAUGGACAGGCAAGCGGGUUCGUGGCUUAGAUGGAUCCAAAUUGUCAAACGAGAAAGGUGGUGGAGGGGUAGGCAAAUAUCUUAGAGCUGCACUGGCUGAACAGCAAACUCGAAAACCCGGUGACGAGGACGAGAUCAUUGAGUUUGUCGAUGAUACCGAGCCCGAUCCCGAACAUGCGCGCAAGAAGUUUAAAUCAAAAGGGGGAUUUGGAAAUUUUGAGGGAUGGUAG